CUCAACAAUUAUUGAAAAGACGUCCGGCAGCAUGCCAGUCGAUCGAAAAUUUUCUCGAGAUUCUUUAUUGAACUGGCUGGAAAAACUGCAGCGCUCUUUUUAAUGAGAAUUUUACCAAGAAAAAGUUAAAAUUCGCUAUUCAAAAGACUAAAUAGUUGUAGUAGACGAGCAGCACAACAAGUUGGUGUAUAGAUUUUAAUCUAAAUUUCGAGUUUGAAGCGAAAAAAUUGCAAUUGAAAAUUCGAAGAAAAAUCUUGAGCAGUGAAAAUUUUGUGAGUCGUGUGUGUGUACUAUAGUUGCGUGCAGAUAGUGCGGAAGGGUUGCGGUGGAGGAAGCAGUGUGCCAGUAGUUUCAUAGCGAAUGUGAAUGAAAGCAGCCUGUCAAUUGAAGACUCCACUGUGGUCGGCGGAGACCCAUUAGUGGCCCGCAGUUAUCGCAAAAUUGAAUUUUCCCAAAGGCCGAACCCAAACACAUACAAAAACAACCACAGUCGCACAAGCCAUCAUCGAUUAGUGGUGGAAGUAAAUACAUAUGUACAUAGUACCUAGUAUCGAGGGGAAGGAAAAAAAAACAACACGAAUAGUAGAAGCAUCAACACAAAUUGUUACACGGUCAAAACAAAUCGACAAAAGCGAAAGUGACGACAUCAAAGCUAGUGCCGCGACAUCGCAUAAUAACAUCCAAGGGAGGAGCUGUAACGAAACAACGGAACAAGAGGUUUUCGUCGUGAGAAGCUUGGUGGGCGGUGGUGCGCCGUGCAUUUGUGUAGAAGUAAGCGUAAAAUCGUGCAAACAUACGGUCACACAUACGCUUUGUUUCUACUUUGCACUGUGAGUGGUAUCAAAGUCGUUGCGCUUCGUUAGAGACUGCAGGGGCAGGGGAAGUUGUGGAGGUUAAUGCGAGGUUCAUGCGCACGUUUUUCAAUUGAAUUAAUUUUUUCGAAAUUUGCUUGCAAUUUAAUUUACGUAUAUUUUAAAUGUACAGCGAGUUAGCAUAACUGGAACUAUAUUACCCAGCGAAAUAAAACGAAUCAGGCCAUACAUAACAAGCUCUGACAUGAUAAGCAACCAUAAAAUGUAAACAAAAUUCUGCUGUCUUGACAGCAACGACUAACACUGCGGGUGCUCACUUGUUAAAAUAUAUAUAUAUAUAUAAUUGUAUCACGUUGUAAACACUGUAACCACCACCGGAUUCGAUUUUAAAUCAAUCACACAGUACUUAAUUUUGUAACAUUACCAAACGAGCUAAAACCUGCAAAAAUAUUAAUAUAGCAUAAUCACUGUAGCCCAAGAGCAGCAGUGACGUCAAUAAUGUCCUCGUGUAAUGCAUCUGCUGAUCUUUACCUCCGUCCGCUGCCUUUUCUCGACUCCAAAUGGCUACGUGCCGAUCUCAUUGCCAGCUUGCGAAACGUUGAAGAUGCUGCUGUGCUCUGGAAUAACCUCAUACAAGAUUGCGAAUUAGUCUCAUCCCCAGCAACUCCUGUUCUCAACGCUGCCGGUCACUUAUCCUACCUUGGCGACGAUGGCAAGCAUUAUUGUGGCGUACAAAAGCUACAAUGCUCGUGCUGUCCUCUGGACUACUGUGGGCCACUGUCAGCAUGCAAUUGCUCUGCCUGUCGCACGCUGGACUCUGAUUCGGCUAUCAAAAAAAUGACUACGGCGGUCCAAAAUGCUGCUGCCAACCGCAUUUCAUCUGAAGUGAUUUUCGAGUCUUGGCUAUGGGGCCAGUGUCCCAAUACAGCAGUCAAACUCAAUUGUCAAAACACGCUUCUAGCUGAACUCCAUGAUAUCUCAUUAAAGUCGGCAGGCAAUUGUCUCUCAGCAAUGCAUUUACGUCAACAACUGUUCAUUUACGAACGCUACUUUGUCGCGCUUUCACGCUGGAAGCAGCAGCAGGAGCUGCAAUGCCACUCCAGUGUUGCUACCACAGCUUCCGAAAAGUGUAAGUUUAAUGAGGAUCAACGCAUUAGUGGUAAUAGCGGUAUAUGUGCGAUGCGAGGCAGAGAAAUAAAUUACCUGACAGCAAAUAAAUUGCGACAUUUUUCAACAGUGGACGUGCCAUCGCCAAUAAAGGAAAAUGAGCGUGCUACAUUAGGUUUAGCGCGUGUAGGCACGCGUGCAGCGCUUAAUUUUUCCUUUGCAUUCUUGCGACGCGCUUGGCGUUCGGGUGAGGACACGGAGAUGUGCAGUGAACUGCUUAGUGAAGCCCUGGAAUCGUUGCAAGAUCUGCCGGAAGCUUCUCUGUUCGAUGCCACGCAGGUCUCUACUUUGUGGAUCGAAGUGUUGGAGCGUUCUAUAAAAUUUCUGCGUCAGGUGGCGCUUGGCGACCCUUUGGGUGGCCGGUGUACAGCUCCACGAGAAGAUCGCCAUACCGCUCUUUGCUUGCUGCUGGAGCUUGGAGCCCAAAAAGGCACGCUCGCUGCCACAUUAGAAUCUAUUGUGUUGCUAAUGACGCUAUGGGAGAAAGAAAAGGAAACCGAUGACAACCGCGAUGUGCCCCAGAAUACUGGCGCCCCUUUGGUGCCCAUUUUACGCCGCUACGAAACCAUCGGCAACUAUGGAUUUAAUAACAGCGCGGAGGCAGCUCCAGCCAGCGCCACGGAGUCAUUCCUACGUUUUCUCACUUUACCGGAACAGGACACCACCAACGUAGACUUGAAGCAGGCCGCAGUGGUCAUUGUUUCUCACCUCGAUCGGCUGGCCAAACCGCACUUGCCAACUAGCACCUCAACUGCACCCCUCCCCAUUCGUGCAGUGCAGCCAACAAAACCUUUAUUGCAUGCGCAGGCCUCACAGGAAAGCAUGUCGGCUGCUUCAACACCACAGCUGCAUGAACAGCGCAUAUAUGCGCUCGGCUGGCUAUCGCUGUGCCACGAUCAAUAUGGUUUCACAGCGGAACCAGCAGUGGGUCUAUCAACAACCGGGAAUGUCAUAGCGGGCGGGCACUAUCCAGCUCCUGUAUUGAAUUUCUAUUUCCAGGUUAAGCAAGUAGUCUUCUCCGAGGAGUAUGUGCUUUUCCUCACGCACGAAGGCAAAAUGUACACUUGGCGCAUAGCCAAACCCGAGACAGAGCCGAUGCUUAUCGAGGAAAUGACAGAUGUGCACGUAACAGCGGUAGCCGCGCAUUGUGAAGGACGUCACUUCCUGGCUGUGGACAGCAUGGACAAUGCGUACUCUUGGGGUUGUGGCGAGGGUGGCCGCCUGGGCCAUGGUGACUCAUUGCUGCGCGAACACCCAACCAAAAUCCAAUCACUGGAGCAUAGCGUUAAAGCGGUUUACUGCGGUUGCACCUACAGCGCGGCCAUCACCAUGAACGGUAACCUCUAUACCUGGGGUCGCGGCACAUAUGGGCGCCUCGGCCAUGGCAACUCGGAUGACAAGCUAUUACCAACACAUGUGCAUGCUUUACGCGAGCAUAGCAUUAUUGAUGUUGCGCUGGGCAGCGGCGACUCGCAUACGCUUUGUUUGACGACCGAGGGUCACGUGUUUGCCUGGGGCGAUGGUGAUUAUGGCAAGUUGGGCAACGGUUCCUGCAAUGGAUCGCAAGUGCCACUGCUAAUCGAAGCUCUGCCCCCUAUAAAGAGAGUAUUUGCCGGCUCGCAAUUCUCGAUGGUGCUCAGCUGCGAUGGAAAACUCUACUCGUGGGGCAAGGCCUACGACGGGCGACUGGGACAUGGACUACUAGACAAAAAUGUGCAAUGUCUCAAUACGCCAAAGCAGAUAUGCGCUUUGCAGUCAAAGGUAAUAGUGGACGUAUCGGUCGGCGUGUGGCAUUGUCUGGCUAUGAGCAGUAAAGGCGAGGUCUUUGGCUGGGGUCGCAAUGACUUUCAACAGGUUUGUCCGGCCGCCAUAUCGAAAGAGCCUAUACUUCGCGAUCCAAUACUAGCCACCCACCCUUCAGUACAGGCGUUUGGCAUAGCUUGCGGCGCAGCACAGAGCAUAAUAUGGAGUCAGACUUCGGUACAGGGUGUGCCAUUGAAGAUACAGUUUGUUAUUGAUCUCAGCGAACACACUUUCCGACUACUCGAUCAAUUGAUCGGCAUCGUGUGCGGCCAGGACAGCAACAACCGGCAAACGCCUAAUCAAGAAUCGGAGUGCAUUGCAGUGGCGUGCUUGAAUCUGCUGCGUUUACAGCUACAUGCGCUGAUCGUAAAUGCUGUGCCGCCCAAGUCUGUUGGCUUGUCGGAAGGCUCGCGCCUGUUGGUCAGCUUAAAAACGCGUAUACUGAGCUUAGCGGGCGGAUCAAAUGUGCUUAAAACCAUGCAAGAGGCUGCGCAAUGGACUCUACAGGUCGGCUGGAGUGUAUUGUUACCCACAGCUUCUGAGCGCGCACAAACGCUGACUUCAUUGUUGCCCUCUGAGUCGGGAGUUUCCUCUUCAGGUCAUCGUUUUAUGACCGAUUUGCUUGUUGGCUCCCUAAUGGCCGAGGGUGGCCUGGAGACUGCACUGAAGCAAGCUAUACGCCUCGAGGCCAACGACUGCGCCGACAGCGGCCACAAUCUGCCGCUACUGCAUCUUAUCAGGCAGCUGCUGCGCAACAACUCUGCGCUAACACAAGCUCGCUUGACACAACUUCUUCUAAAUGCGGGUAUUACAAAGCCCGAGGAAGAAUCGUUCUCUUCUCUACCCGCCGUUCAGUCCACCAUGGCUGAGCACACCAGUCCCAGCCUAGACCUCUUGCAUCGUUUUCAACGUCUGCUGUUUUCGCACAUAAACCAAUCGAAAACGGAGGACAUAAGCGGUGCUGAGGCACUACUCAGCAAAUAUGUGCAGAGUGCCGUCUCGCUUUGUGUACUAUCGCUACAGAAGGCGCAUGAAAUUGCGCUACAAGGCAAGGACAGUGUCGCGGAUAUCAUCAAAACUGAUAUAUCAGACACGCUGCUGUACGAGCUGCUCAUCGGUCUUAUUAUUUUAAAGCGCGAUCGACCAAGUAUUUUCCCGGCUUUCGAGUGGAUCACGGUGUUCCAGCCAUUGCUACAUGCGCUGGAUAAUUUGAAUCGCGUCAUUUGCGAUAGUGAAAUGCAAGAUUCGGACGACAUGGGCUGGCCAGGGAUAAUUUGCCGAGGAAAUCAGAAGAGUGCUUAUGCGCAGCCAGUGGACGAUGUGAAUUUUAUACGCAAAAACGAUUUCGAAAAUCAAAUACUCGACGGCGGGAGGUGGAUCAUAUUGAAUGGCUACGUUUGCGAUAUCGCUGACUAUCUAGGUGACAACGCCGCCAUCAAUGAGCUGCUAUCGGCGAACGUUGGUAAGGACCUGACCGUUGAACUGAAUACGCCAAUCUAUCGAAACUGCUUGGAGCACAUUUUAAGCAACUACAAAGUCGGGCGUUAUGCAGUCAAUGUAACUGAAGAGAAGCCCCUCGUGCAACAGAGUAAAGUGCUCACCCAUUUCAACUCGGAGCGUGCGCUUGCUUAUCUCCUCGGCCUUGUAGUAAACCUUCUACAGAGCGGUCCUGCCCAGCAGCCUGCUGAGUUGCAGUGCAAGACAAUUGUACGCUCCAGCAUACUGCGCGGUGGCUUACAGCUACUUCAGCCGAGCAACCCGUUCGACGAAGAGAAGGGAGAGGCGCGUAGCAGCGCAAGCACGGCGGGUAGCACGCCCACCGAACCGCCCGUGCACAGCAUGACAGUUUGUGUUGGCGUUGGCGUCGGCACAGCUGGCGGCGGCGGCGGCGGCACGGGCGUAGCAGUGCCACACCCCGUCAUUAACAGCGUGCAACAGCGCAUUGAAUGCUUCAUUGCCGGUCUCAGUGAGGCGCGCUUAACCGAUCCGCUUGUGGUCACUUGGAUGACGCUUUCCGAACGUUACUGCAAAGACAAUAAUUUAAUUUGGCACCAAGAAUUCCCACCCGAACAUCCAGUACAAGAGCUGGAACGUCUGCUAACUGCAGUGCUUAUACGCCAUCAGAGCCUCGGUGGUCUAGUGUUGAACGUGUUGGAGCGUGAGUUGAGCGGCGUAGCAGCAUCCAAAACUCCAAGGCAAAUCGCCGAUAUGAUACGCCUCAUUUACCAAACCAAGUGGUCGGUGGUACGCAUUCGCCAGCAGUUGAAUCGCAGCUAUAAGGAGGUGUGCGCGCCCAUGCUGGAGCGCUUGCGUUUCCUACUGUAUGAAGUACGCCCGGCGGUGAGUUUGGAGCAGGAGGCUUUACGUAAAUUGCCCAUAUUGCAUCGUUGGCCGCGCUUCAAACAUGUCGUGCGCCGUAUAAUAGCCGAAAUGCGCAUGGCUAAGAAGCAAUUGGCAUGCGCCAAACCCGAGGACAUACUCAACGUAACCAUUCAAAGUCAGAAUGUUGCGCAGAAGCUGAAUCAUUCGCAUGAAUCACUAUUACAAGCUGACGGUGCCGCUUCCGAUGCCACAGACAAAGACUCUGCUCUCGGUACAAACGAUAGUGGCUCUCUGACGAGCGCCACGGUGCUCAUUCCACCAUUACGUGGUAAUGCGUCCAAUGAAAAUCUGUUAGAUGCUGGCGACAACAAUGUCAUACUCAGCGAUCGCAAAGCAUCCACCGAAGAAAUAAAAUUACAUGCCAAUGAACUCGACUUUGAUGAAGACAAGAAACCCGCGGACGAUGAACCGCGUCUCAAUAAUGAUCUAUUACGCAAGUUACGCGAGAAAUGGUAUUUCUCCGGUGAAUUGAACAUGCCCAUCAUGCACGAGAUCGUGGAAUUCGUGAUGCAAGAGGUGUGCGACGUAGAAACAGUGCGUCGCGCAAUGUACUGCCAAGUGCAGCGCUAUCAAAUACGGCGCCAAGGACUGGAAAUGUUGCAUGCCAUGCUGCAGGUGCAUGGGCUGCUCGACGCUGUGCAGUACAAUAUGCUGAACGGUUACCUGGGUUUGCAUUUGAAGAGCGCCAACAGCAAACAAGCAACACUCAACGUAUUAUAUGACCUUAAUAUGAUAACGGCUUUCCAGAAGGCCGAUCUUUUGUUAGCACAAUCGCGUGUGCUCGAAUGGGCUGUGCAUGAACUGCAACGGCUUGUCAAUCAGGAACUUAUACAGCUAAAGGGCAAAUACAAUGCAGGCAGCGGCAAGGAUAGCUCAAAUCUGGGUACUUAUGUGUUCUUGAAAAAGCUGCCGCGCGCCCGUUUUCUGCUUAGCAUUUUUGGCAUACUGGCUAAAGAUAUGAGCGCCAAUGAAUUGAGUUUAAUCGUGAAUUCAGGCACGUUGGGCACAGUUCUAGGAUUGCUUAGCCAAACCGGUGGCGAUAUUCCGACGGUGAAGAACACUUACGACCUGUCGGUGGUUUAUGAAGACACGAUCUUGAAACAGAAGUCUAAUAAAGCGAACUUGUCUGGACCGGAGCUGGCAAAACUGAUGAAGAUUGGCACGCGAAUUGUGCGCGGCACGGACUGGAAAUGGGGCGACCAAGAUGGUAAUCCACCGGGGGAAGGACGCAUAAUUAGUGAAGUUGGAGAUGAUGGUUGGGUCCGCGUUGAGUGGUACACUGGCGCCACCAAUUCCUAUCGUAUGGGUAAAGAAGGUCAAUACGACCUACGUUUAGCCGAUAGCGCUUUGAAUAUUAUUUCUCCUGACACUGAGACCGAAAAAGAUGAACUCUCUUGCGAUGCCCAGCUAAACGGUGAUUCCCAUCCCACUAAACUGUUGCGUUACGCCUGCACAAAGACACUGCAAAUCAUCUCGGUGGGCAUAGGAUUGCACAGCGCACAGAUGGAUAAGAAUGCUGUGAGUUGCAUCUCCAGCAUGUUCCGUUCCAUACUCGAUCCCAAAUCGACGCUAGGCAACAUAUACGGCUUGGACAAUUGGACGACUUUGGGUUUUUUGAAAGCCAUAGCUGGCGAAUCAAAGUCACUUGCCAAGUACUUGUCCUCACCCACAUGGAUUGACUUCUACAUUAGCCUUCUUGAGCAACCAGUGACGCGCGAACAGGAACUUUUUCGCAACCUACACUGUCUCCGCUUGCUGCAGAGCAUACUUAUCCAUUGGACAGAUGAUUCUCAUAUGCAACGUAUGGCUACGCUAGUGCGACAAUUCUUUUCAACGCUGGGCAAGAUAACCCUCUAUUGCCCUCAUGACAUGUCGCUGGCCCAAAACGUUGGCGAUUGCAAAACCCGCGUGCUCUUAACAGCCUCGCACUCGAGCACCAUUGCGGAAGAGAUCAUAACUUUGCUGCGCCGCUUGCAUACACUACCCUACUGGAAUGCGGCGAUUAACUCUUUCCUCGCGCAGAAACUGUGCGUGGCGGCAGAGCUGUUUGGCGAAGAUGGCUUGGACUUGCAGCACUUAGAAAACGAGUACAUUUACGUGAUGGGCGUGCUCUGUACCAUAGGCGGCUGCGACAUACGACCACGCGUUGGCCUACAGGUCUGCUAUGAAGGCAAUACCGCCACCAUUUGCGGCUUUACCAACAAGGGCAAGUGUUUGCUUAGCACCGACUGCCAAGCCUUGAACGGCGAGUUUGGCAAAAUUUCGCUAAGCGUGGCUUUGGAGUGCGCGGACUACUCGGUUUUCAGUCUCUCGCGGCUGCCGUUGAAUGAAAUGCUGCUAAAUUCCUGGGCAGUUUUACUCUUCGGUCCAGGCGAGCGCAAGGAAUGUGUGCCCAAUGGCGUGGACAUCAGCUUACUGCGCUCGCAGCAAAUACAACUUUCUGUGUUGAAUGCGAACUGCGUUCUGUAUCGCCAUCAAGCCGCAUUACGUAAAAUACUCAAGCAACGUUCACCAGGCCUAUGUGCCUACUCUUCAGAAGAGAGUCUCUCAGAGGAAGCUGCACCUGCUAAUGCAAGCAGCGAUGGCAAACCAAACGCUGAAGGAGACGCUUGCGCCGAUCCUGAGGCAAUAAACUCCGCCGUUAUCAAUGAACUAAGCGCUCCGCCUGCUGUUAGCGACACUGAGCUACUUAUACAAAGUAUUUUGAUACGCGCGACGCAGCCAUCGCCUGUUAAGGCUAUAUAUUCUUACACAGAUUUGUCAACCGCAGCGCUGAAUUGCGCACAAGUUCUUGCCGCCAAAGUGCAUAACGAGUUGAAUGAGGCUGCUUCGACGAGCACUGGACGGGGCGGCUUUGCCGCACCGACACCGCCAAUGCAGCCGACAAUGAUACACGGCGUGCCAGUGUACAAUGUGGGUCUCUUGGACGAAGCGUCGGGUGGCAGUCAACCACAAGCAUCAAAGAACAACGUCGAUGCUACGCCGCUCAUUGCACAGAUCAUGGAAAUGGGUUUCUCUAAGAAGUCAGUUGAAUUGGCUGUCAAGCAGUUGUCCAUACAUCCAGAGGUCAUUCCAACGCCCGAACAAAUCGUUCAGUGGAUUCUCGAGCACCCAGACGUUUGCGCGAACACCAUAGAUGCCACAGACUAUCUAGAGCCGACGCUGGUGAGCGGAAGUGGUACCGCUGGCGGCUCCUCGAGCGACACUUCACUGCAAUCAAAGCUGCAGACGCUGCACGAUCCGGAAGCCGACUCCGACAACGAGAGUUUGGACAGCAGCUCGGACACCGUCGAGGGCUCCUCCAUACAUGAACAACUGGUCAAGUUCGAGACGCGCAAAGAUUUCCCCUCUGCCGAUCAGUAUGCUUUGUAUGUAAGGGGAUUGGUAUGUCCUGGUAUGCUGGUGCGAUGUUGCCGCGACUUUGAGGAGAUCAAGAAGGGCGAUAUUGGCACUGUUCUUAAGGUAGACACCGAAGGUUUACAUGAUCUGAACGUUCAGGUGGACUGGCAACUGCAUGGUAACACCUAUUGGGUUUGCUUCGUGCAUAUUGAGCUACUGGAGAUGCCGCGCGAGAAGACGACAUGUGAGCGCGCAGCGCAGGUAAGUGUAGGAACGCAGGUGCGUCUGCGCGCCGUGUCGCGCUACAAGUGGGGUUAUGUUCUGCGCGGUAGCGUUGGUACGGUGACAGCGGUUCGCGGCAAGGAUGUGACCGUCGACUUUCCACAACACCCUGGCUGGAAAGGCACGCUGAACGACAUUGAAGUGAUGGGUGGAGGGCAAAUUACAGGUCCCUCCGGUGGUCUACUUGGACUCCACACCGGUGCAGUGCCCACGCCUAGCGAUCUCAUUGAAGAUUGGUCGCGGUGCUUACGCUCGCUCACGGUGUCUUCCAACGAAGGGACCGCGAAACAUCUACUGGAUCGCAGUCCCUACUAUUGGCAGAGCUCAUCAAGCAGCCAAACUAAGCACUGGAUUCGUUUGGAGAUGCACGAACAUGUGCUAGUGCACAGCCUCUCGAUCGUCGUCUGUCCGGGCGACCACUCGCAUCAGCCGUCCUUAGUGGUGGUACGAGUCGGCGACAGCAUUGGCAACCUUAAAGACUAUUCUUGGAUUUCCAUCAAGAACACCGACACGACGGUGACGCUUAUGAGCGACGUGCGCCAGUACUACCCCUGGGUGGAAAUAGUUAUCAAGCAAUGUCGCAACAAUGGUAUCCAGUGCAAGGUGCAUGGCCUGAACAUCGUUGGACGUCGUAAACAAACCGAUCUCGAUCUGCUGCUGAUGAACGCCUCGUUCUUAGCCUGUGAAUACGAGCAAAUGAGCGACUCCAACCCAUGCUUAUCCAGCGGCUACAGCAACGCCGAUCCCAAAUCAUCAUCGUCUCUCUGUGAACCGCCCUGCACCGUAAUGGUCUGGGGUCUGAAUGACAAGGAGCAGCUGGGCGGCCUCAAGGGCUCAAAAGUAAAAGUGCCAACCUUCUCGCAGACAAUUAGCCGUCUACGCCCCAUACACAUCGCGGGCGGCUCAAAAUCGCUGUUCAUCGUUUCGCAGGACGGCAAGGUGUACGCGUGUGGCGAGGGCACGAACGGUCGUCUCGGCUUGGGCAUCAGCGUGAAUGUGUCGGUGCCGCGGCAGGUGCCAGUGCUGCACCAGUAUGUGGUAAAGAAAGUGGCUGUGCAUUCGGGCGGCAAGCAUGCAAUGGCAUUGACACUGGAUGGCAAAGUUUUCUCCUGGGGCGAAGGGGAGGAUGGCAAACUAGGGCAUGGCAACCGCCUCACAAUGGACAAGCCAAAACUAAUUGAAUCGCUGCGUGCGAAGAAAAUACGUGAUAUUGCCUGCGGCUCAUCGCACAGCGCGGCCAUCACCUCUGCGGGCGAACUCUAUACUUGGGGCUUGGGCGAAUAUGGACGUCUUGGUCAUGGCGACAAUGUGACACAGCUGAAGCCGAAAUUGGUCGCGGCUCUGAGUGGUAAGCGUGUUAUACAGGUGGCUUGCGGUAGCCGCGAUGCGCAGACACUAGCGCUAACCGAGGAUGGUAUUGUCUACAGUUGGGGCGAUGGCGAUUUUGGCAAGUUGGGCCGCGGUGGCUCGGAAGGUUCCUCGAUACCACACGAAAUCGAACGUUUAACCGGCAUCGGUGUCAUACAAAUUGAAUGUGGCGCGCAGUUCAGCCUCGCGCUUACACGUACCGGUGAGGUUUGGACCUGGGGCAAGGGCGACUACUACCGUUUGGGUCACGGCAGCGACCAACACGUGCGAAAGCCGCAGCCGAUUCAAGCGCUACGGGGUCGGAAGGUUAUACACCUUGCAGUAGGUGCUUUGCAUUGCCUGGCCGUCACCGAUACCGGACAAGUGUAUGCGUGGGGCGACAAUGACCACGGUCAGCAGGGCUCUGGCAAUACGGUGGUGAACAAGAAACCGGCUCUGGUCAUUGGAUUGGAUUCUGUGUUUGUCAACCGAGUCGCGUGUGGCAGUUCGCACGCUGUCGCUUGGGGGUUGCCGCAAUCGCCAUCGGAUGACGAGAAGAAGGGUCCUGUGCCAUUUACGACAUCAAAAGAUCCGCUGGGCGGCAGCAGCCUCGGCAUAUAUGACACUGAUGGCCAACUGAACACACCAACAGCAACAACUACAACAGCUAGUGCGUCGAAACCGACUUCGAAGUCGAGCCUUAGCGAGACGCUGCUCUCACUCGAGACGGACGGCGCACGACAAACUGCGCUUAACUACGUUCUCAACGCUAUGAGUAUUUUGCAGGCACGUCAGAUAAUUGUCGCCGCGCUCACUAGUCACAGUAAAGUGAAUCUGCACGAGAAGAUAUCGAACGAUUUUGAUGUGCCAGAAGGAAACGUUAUUUUGGGCAAGGAGGCGACUAUCGCUGCUUCAGGCAGUACUCCACACGGCACGCUUGGCGGACAUAAUAAUCACAACAACCACUGCAAUAACGAAGUGAUUGCCCAGGGUGGUGGAGAAGCGCCAGCCGAUGCCACCGAUCCGGCCGUACACGAACCCUCGCCAGAAGCGGAAAUCGUGCCCGCGCCAGCCGGUCCAUUGAGCGCGUUUCAAAGCCUAACCGGAUCGCUAUCGCUCUCAGCGUCCAUAUCCAGCAAUGCGCCUCAUAAACAUUCAAAGAUGUCGGCCAGUGCCAUGUCUGCACUCGCCGCAACAAUGACCAACCAGGAGGAGAUCAUCGAAGAAAUUAGUCUUACCGGUUUGGAUGACUUCACCUCACUGCUAGGCGAAUCAGAGGCGAAAAGCCUAGUGGAGCUAUUAAAACUGAGUGUCGCUGGGCGCACAGGCCUGCUCAGCACUUCGCAGACCAUUUCUGACACACUCAUCGCGCUUGGCUCGAACUCACCCACAAUCGGCGCAAUGUUACUCGAGACUUGUAUCACGGAGCUUGAAGAUUUGUGCACAUCUCGCUACAGCCUGGGCAAGGUGCCGAAACCGGUUAUGCGCGAGAGCAGUCAUCCGUAUGUGGACAACAUGACAAUAGUCGGCCAAGUAAAGAUACCCGGCGCCGAGUCGCUCCGCAUUGAAUUCGACAGCCAGUGUUCCACCGAGAAGCGCAACGAUCCGCUGGUCAUUAUGGACGCCUCUGGUCGCGUGGUUGCCGUGCGCUCCGGGCGCGAAUACGCCCAGUGGGCGCCUGAAGUGCGCAUACUCGGCGAUGAAAUGCGCUGGAAAUUCACCUCGGACAGUUCGGUGAACGGCUGGGGCUGGCGCUUUUGGGUGCACGGUAUCAUGCCAGCAACCGCCUUGCAUGAACGCGGCUCCGAUCGUGCGGUGCUCUCGCAGCCAUCAAUGCCACUUGUGAUGGCGCUGCUGAACGAGCGCCUAGGGCCGCACAACACGAGCGUGCUGUUGCGCUUGGCAGCCGCGCUGGCUGCUUGUGCGCAGCUCAACUCGCUCACGACUACGCAGCGCAUCUGGUCGCUGAAGCAACUACACACUGUGUUCCUCUCCAAACAUGCGCCGAGGCCGUUGGAUCCAUCGCUGAAUAGCAUUUUGAUGCCACUAAUCCCAGAGCUACUGCGGCAAUACGAGUACGAGGAGCCACAGGUGCGCGGCGGAAUACACCUUAUGCACUCAGACUAUUUCAAAACGCUGGCAGCUCUUGCUUGCGACAUGCAGUUAGAUGCCGCGCUACCGCCAGCUGACGUACAUAAGUGGGCAUGGUUCAAAAGGUAUUGCAUUGCAGUGCGCGUGGCGCAAUCACUGAUAAAGCGCACCGAACUGCCACGCCUCUUCUGCAUGGAGGUGCGCAAGAAGUUCGCCGAAAUGAUGCCACCGCCGCAACCAAGUCACUCACCUGUCGGCGGCAGCGGGGGUUCAAUGAUGAACUCGACUACAUCGCUUUCGUCUGCGGGCAGUACGAACAGCAAUCCUACACCGCCGCCACCGCUGCCCAGCUCUACGAUGGUAAACACACUAACGCCCAGCACCAGCAACCUUAUACAAUACAUUGACUCGAUGAUGUCACUUUCCCUGCAUGAACCGAACAGCGCCAGCGCUGCUGCCUGCACCAGCCUACCACCUUUGGCGCCCUCCGCAGGCAAUGAUACGCUACAAUUUUUGCAUGAGGACCACAGCGUUUUCAAGGGCGCGCAUGACUGCCAGCUGCUGCAGUGGCUCAAUCGUCGCCCAGACGACUGGGCACUAUCUUGGGGCGGCGCCAGCACCAUCUACGGCUGGGGACAUAAUCAUCGUGGACAAUUAGGCGGAUUGGAAGGCAGUCGCAUCAAGACACCAACACCGUGUGAGGCGCUCAGCUUGCUGCGUCCUGUUCAACUAGCGGGCGGCGAGCAGACACUCUUCGCUGUCACACCCGAUGGUAAGUGCUUCGCUACCGGCUACGGCUCUGGCGGACGACUCGGCGUGGGUGGCACAGACUCCUGGGCUAUACCAACUUUAAUCGGCUCACUGCAGCAUGUUUUUGUCAAGAAAGUGGCCGUGAACUCGGGCGGCAAGCAUUGUCUUGCACUCACCACUGAAGGCGAGGUGUACUCCUGGGGCGAAGGUGAGGACGGAAAACUGGGCCAUGGCAAUCGCAUGAGCUACGAUCGUCCGAAACUGAUCGAGGAUCUCACUAGUAUUGGCAUUGUAGACAUUGCUUGCGGUAGCGCACACUCAGCGGCCAUCACAUCUUCGGGCCAUGUGCUUACCUGGGGCAAAGGGCGCUACGGACGCCUUGGACAUGGCGACUCUGAAGAUCAGCUGCGUCCUAAAUUAGUCGAGGCACUGCUUGGCUAUCGUGCUAUUGACGUCGCUUGCGGCUCAGGUGAUGCGCAAACGCUCUGUAUCACCGACGACGACAACGUGUGGAGCUGGGGUGAUGGGGACUAUGGCAAAUUGGGACGCGGCGGAUCGGAUGGAUGCAAGCUGCCAUACAAAAUCGAAAGUCUCGCUGGUCUGGGAGUUAUAAAAGUGGAAUGUGGUUCUCAAUUUUCCGUGGCGCUUACCAAAUCCGGUGCUGUCUACACCUGGGGCAAGGGAGAUUUCCAUCGGCUCGGUCACGGCACUGUGGACCAUGUCCGAAGGCCAAAGAAGGUGGCCGCGCUGCAGGGCAAAAAGAUCGUCUCUAUCGCGACUGGGUCGCUGCAUUGCGUAGCCUGCACAGACGCGGGCGAGGUUUACACGUGGGGCGACAACGACGAAGGCCAGCUGGGCGAUGGCACUGUGAGCGCUAUACAACGUCCGCGACUCGUGGCGGCGUUGCAGAACAAACACAUCGUGAAAGUCACCUGUGGUUCGGCGCACACGAUUGCCAUGUCUACAUCGCAGCUGACAGAUCGCAUGCGACCACCACCCAAUCCGCCGCUGGAGUAUGAUUUAGUGCGCGAAAUGCCGCCGGAGGCGUUGCAUGCGCGUCUAGUGCUGCUGCAUCACUUCUCCGAGUUGCUUUGUCCCUGCCUGGCCAUGCUGCCGAUCACAGGUGAACUCAGCUUGGGCGCGCUGAAAGAUGUGCUCGUGUAUACCAUCAAAGAGGCCGCUUUCCGCAAGGUCAUACAAACAACCAUGGUGCGCGACAAGCAACACGGACCGGUCAUUGAGCUAAAUCGCAUACAGGUAAAGCGUUCGCGCAACAAGUCGGGCAAUGGGCUAGCCGGCAUCGACGGCAUGAAGAGCGUUUUCGGUCAGAUGGUGCAGAAGCUGCCGCUGCUGACACAAGAGGCGCUUUCGCUGCCGCAUCGCGUUUGGAAGGUGAAGUUUGUGGGCGAAAGCGUAGACGAUUGCGGCGGAGGCUAUAGCGAAUCAAUUGCGGAGAUGUGUGAUGAAUUGCAGAAUGGCAGCGUGCCACUGCUGAUCACAACACCCAACGGACGUGGUGAAGCGGGCGCAAAUCGAGAUUGCUUCUUGCUCGACCCAACGCUCGGCUCUGUACUGCAGAUGAACAUGUUCCGCUUUCUGGGCGUGCUGAUGGGAAUAGCGGUGCGCACUGGCUCGCCGCUGAGUCUGAACUUGGCUGAGGCCGUCUGGCGCCAAUUGGCCGGCGAGCAACUACGCCCCUCCGAUCUCACCGAAGUCGAUCGUGAUUAUGUCGCUGGCUUGCUAUGCAUACGCAACAUGGACGACGAUCCGAAGGUUUUCAGCACGCUCGAGCUGCCUUUCUCAACUUCCUCCGCCAAAGGUCAUGAGGUGCCACUGUCGACCCGCUACACGCGCAUCUCCCCACAGAACCGCCAAGAAUAUGUGCGCUUGGCUUUGAAUUUUCGUCUGCAUGAGUUUGACGAACAGGUUAAGGCUGUGCGUGAUGGCAUGUCGAAGGUGAUACCAGUGCCGCUGCUGUCACUUUUCUCAGCGCCCGAACUGCAAGCGAUGGUUUGCGGUUCGCCUGACAUACCGCUGGGACUGCUCAAGUCGGUGGCCACCUACAAGGGUUUCGAUCCGAAUUCGGCGUUAGUGACGUGGUUCUGGGAAGUAAUGGAAGAGUUCUCCAAUCAGGAACGUUCGCUGUUUUUGCGCUUUGUCUGGGGUCGUACUCGUCUACCACGUACAAUUGCCGAUUUUCGAGGACGCGACUUCGUUUUGCAGGUUUUGGAAAAGAGUCCACCGGAUAAUUUUCUACCAGAGAGUUACACGUGCUUCUUUUUGCUGAAAAUGCCACGCUAUUCCUGCAAGGCUGUGCUGCUAGAGAAGCUAAAGUAUGCUAUACAUUUUUGCAAGAGUAUCGAUACGGAUGAGUAUGCGCGCGUUGCCAUGGGUGAUCCCACCGAAGCGACGGGCAGUGAGGACGACAGCGAUCUGGAAUCGGCUGCGAGUAAUGAGGCCUAAAUCAAAAUUAACUAUUAGUGGAACGUGAACGUGAUUUUCACAGUAAAACAAAAAUAUUUAAAUAUACAUAUAUAUUGGAUAAAUAUUCAUGCAUACAUAUAUAAAUUUUGUGAAUGGAAUUGUAGUUUGUAGUAGCAGCGAACGUAGUUUGCACCAUACAAAAUCACUCAACCCCACAGAAGCAAAGCAAAAAACAGAUGACCCCCCAAGCGAAAUAUAAAGGCCUCAAAGGCGUCUAAAAACGAGAGAAAUUUCAAUUGAAUUAUAAA